AUGAUAAAAGAUCAAAAUGGAAAAUGUAAUAAUAAUAUUCAAUAUUGUUUAAAUAAAUCAUAUGUUAAUGGAAAAUGUGUUGAAUGUUUAAAUACAUAUUCACCUAAUUUUAAAGGGGAAUGUAUUAAUACAAAAAUAGAAUAUUGUGAAGAACAAAAUACAUAUGGAUGUAAAAGAUGUAAAGAAGGAUAUUAUUUAACAAAAGAUAAGAAAUGUUUAAAAUGUGAUGAUAAAUGUGAAACAUGUUAUGGAAUAUCUACAUAUUGUAUGAGUUGUUCUAAUGAUAAAUAUUUAAGAAAUGAUAAAACAUGUCAAUCAAAUGAAGAAUUAAAUGGAACAUGUUUACAAAUAUUAGCAGAUGGAAGUGGAUGUGGAAUAUGUCAUAAAGGAUAUUAUAGAAAUGGGAAAGGAUGUUCAAAAUGUGAAAAAGAAUGUUUAACAUGUAAUCAAAAAGAUAAAUGUAUAAAAUGUGGAGAAGGAUAUUUUAUGAGUUCAACAGGAAUAUGUAAAUCAACAACAACAAUUAAAGGAUGUAAAGGAGAAAUAGAUAAAGAAUAUGGAUGUAGAGAAUGUUUAACAGGAUAUUAUUUAAUAAAUAAAGAAUGUUCAAAAUGUGGAAAACAAUGUAUAACAUGUUUAAAUGAGAAAGAAUGUAAUAAAUGUGAAGAAGAAUAUAUAAUAAUAAAUAAAGAAUGUAUUCAUUAUUCAAAUAUUAAUAAAUGUAAAGAAACAAAAAAUAAUAAAUGUUCAAAAUGUUCAUUUUGGUAUGGAAUCAAUGAAGAAGGAACAAAAUGUAAUAAAGAAAUUGUAUGGUGGAUGAUAAUGAUAAUUAUCAUCAUUAUACUUAUUAUCAUCAUUAUAAUAAUUAUAAUUAUAAUAAUAAUGAUUAAUUACAUUAUAAAACGUAAAGAAAAGAAAGAACAAGAGAAAACAACAACAAUAUUUAAAAUUUCGCAAUCAAAUAUCAAAUUCAUAUCACUUGGAGAUGGAAUCAUAACAAAUAAAAAAGAAAUAGAAAUAGGAGAAGGAGAAGAAAUUGAAGUAAAUAAAGAAAUUAGAGAAUUGAUAUGUAUUGGAAAUGAAAAUAAAGAAAAAAAGAAAAUACAAAUAAGUAGUAAAGAAGAAAAUGAAAAAUAUUCAAUUAGAACAAACCCAAAUAUCAUUACAAUUGAAGGAGGGUAUGCAUGUGAAUUUGAAAUAUUCAUUACAAUCAAAUGUACUACUAAAAUUAAAGAACAAAUAAUGAUAAUUAGUAAAACACUCAAUAAAACACAAGAAGAAAUAAUUAAAAUUAUUUCAAUUAAAGGAGAAACACAAAUAUCAACACGACUUGAUCCAGAUGAAAUAAAAGAAGAACAUAAAAUAGGAGAAGGAUCAUUUGGAAUAGUGUAUAUAGGAGAAUUUAGAGGAAAUCAAGUAGCAAUUAAGAAAAUGAAACAAAUUGAUAAAGAUGAAGAUGAAAUGAAAGAAUUUGAGAAAGAAGUAAUGAUGUUAGAUAAAUUUAGAAGUGAAUAUAUUAUUCAUUUUUAUGGAGCAGUAUUUAUUCCUAAUAAAAUAUGUAUGAUAACAGAAUAUGCAAAAUAUGGAUCAAUACAAGAUUUAAUUAAUAAAAGAACAAACACAGAAAUACCAAAUAAAUAA